AUACAUAAUUCGUUUUAUAUAUACUACGUACUCUUUCUUCUCUAUUCAGUUCCUCUAUGGCUCUUCUCCUUCUUUCUCUCUUUCUUAUUUUUGUGUUCCCAUUAAGAAAUAAUGCCGAGGGUCCACCUUCUCCAGGGUACUACCCCAGUUCAAGAAUUGGCUCAAUAGGGUUCAAACAAGGAUAUACCAAUCUUUGGGGUCCUCAGCAUCAAAGACUAGACCAAGGGGAACUCACUAUUUGGCUUGACAGAACCUCAGGAAGUGGUUUCAAAUCUCUCACUCCUUAUAAAUCCGGUUAUUUUGGAACGGCGAUGAAGCUCCAACCAGGCUAUACUGCAGGAGUAAUUACAUCAUUCUAUCUUUCGAACAAUGAAGAUUAUCCAGGGAACCAUGAUGAGAUAGACAUUGAGUUCCUUGGAACCACAGAAGACAAGCCUUAUACUGUGCAGACAAAUGUUUAUGUAAGAGGAAGUGGAGAUGGAAAUAUCAUAGGAAGAGAGAUGAGAUUUCAUCUUUGGUUCGACCCUACUCAAAAUUUCCACAAUUAUGCGAUUCUGUGGAACCCCACAGAGAUCAUAUUUUUCGUGGAUGAUGUGCCAAUUAGAAGGUACCCGAGAAAAAGCGAUUCGACAUUCCCAACAAGACAUAUGUGGGUGUACGGAUCAAUAUGGGAUGCCUCUUCAUGGGCCACUGAGAACGGAAAAUACAAAGCCGACUACAGUUAUCAACCCUUCAUAGGACGGUACAAAAAUUUCAAAAUAUCCGGUUGUGAUGCUAAUGGCCCUGCCUCAUGCCGCCCUCAGUCAGGUUCACAAUCUGGCUCUAGUGGGCUGAGCAGCCAGCAGAAUGAGGCCAUGGCAUGGGUGCAACGAAAUUACAAGGUUUACGACUAUUGUCACGAUCCAGCUCGAGACCAUACUCAAACACCCGAGUGCUAAGGGUGCACGGGCGCUUGACAAAUUUCCAAGUUGAAUCUCAUAUAUAUGUUUAGUCAUUUUAUUUGGAGUAUCUUGAGAUGGGCCACUUGCCAAGAAUAGAGAAAAAGAGUGGUUGAAGCAUCCAAGACUCCAAGAUAAUUGUAUUUUUUUCUCUUUUUUGUGUUAUUUAUUUAAAAUAAUCCUAUGGUGCAAGAUUUAGAAGUGAGAUGACAGUAUGGUGUUGAUACACCACAGAGAUAUGGGAUCGAUUGUGUCAAGUCAUUAUAGGUAAGCAAGUGUAUGUAUUGCAUUUUUGUGCCUAAUGUUUUCGCGUUAAUUG